AUGAUGGAAGCGACGGAAAAUGGGAGCAGCACCAGCGGUGGUGGUGGUGGUGGUGGAAGUAAUGGAGGCGGACACACCUCAUCCUACGAACCGCUGGAAGGGCGCCGUACCUUCGACACUUCCGACAGUCCCGAGCUGGACGGUGGCGGUCCACCGAAGGAUCGACGGCGACUUGUCUUUUUUGCCCUAAUGACGGCCGGUGUCGGUUUUGUGCUUCCUUAUAACAGCUUUAUAAUCGCCGCCGACUACUGGCAGUCACGGUUUCCCGGCCAAUCGGUUGCACUGGACAUGUCGAUGACUUACAUCAUUGUCGCGCUGGCGACAGUGCUGCUGAACAACGUGUUUCUCACACUGGCACCCUUCCGGGUACGGGUAGCAUUCGGUUACGCCGUUUCCUUCACAACGCUAGUGUUUGUCGCGCUGUGCGAGGUGGCUUGGCACAUGUUCACCGCCAAAACGGCCUACUCAGUCAAUCUGGCUGCCGUUUCGCUCGUCGCUAUGGGAUGCACUAUCCAGCAGUCCAGCUUCUAUGGGUUUGCGAGCAUGCUGCCGAAACAGUACACCCAAGCGGUGAUGGCUGGCGAAAGUUUGGCUGGAUUUCUGGUAUCUUCCAACCGGGUGGUUACGAAGCUGUUGAUCAAGAGUGAUCGUGCCUCGACCGCUAUCUUCUUUCUCACCUCGACCGUGUACAUUGCGUUCAGCUACGUGCUGCACUCGAUCACGACACACUCACCGUUCGUCCGGUACUACAUGAAGGCCUGUGCCAAAAUCGUCCUGCGUCCGGACGAUGAUCACACACUGAGUGAAACGCUUGAUGGAGACAUAUCGAGCACGCGGUACGGUGUGCUCACACUAGACUCAAGCCCACCCGUACAUAUGCCACCAGGAUCCACGGCGUUAAGCUUUAGCAAUCCGGUGUAUGAUCUAUCGAAUCCCACCGCCGGCGAGACGGUGCUUGAAACGAACAUGACCAACCUGUCGUCGACCGGCGAUGUAACGACGCGGUCCAUCACGGCAACAACCGCACCGGACGUACCGAACGUCGCGUUCAAGGUGGAACACGUGAUGACACCGGACAUCUGCAGCUCCGGGCGACUGGGCAGUUUUCGGAGCGGGCUCGAAUCACGCUGGAAAGUGGCACGGGCUAUCUACCCGUACAUGGCCUGCAUUGCGAUGGCGUACUGUGUAACGUUGUCGCUCUAUCCCGGCAUUGAAUCGGAGAUAAUUUCGUGCAAUCUCGGCACCUGGAUGCCGGUACUGCUGAUGUUUACGUUUAACGCUUCCGAUGUGGCUGGGAAGCUGCUCGCCGCCGUACCGUACAGUUGGUCCCGCCGGCAGCUGAUACUCAUGUCCGGUUUGCGGGCACUGCUCGUUCCACUGAUUCUGCUCUGCUGUUCACCGCGUGAACAACCGGUCAUUGCGGGUGAAGCGGCUGCAUUUAUAUUUACCGCGGCGCUAGGCAUCACGAACGGGCUGGCGGGCAGUUUGCCAAUGAUGCUCGCACCGGACAAGGUGUCCGCGACGUUGCGUGAGGUGACCGGCAACAUGAUGACGCUGUCGUAUAAUAUCGGUUUAACGGCCGGUUCGCUCGUUGGGUAUGUGUUCGAUGCCAUGCUUGGACCGCAGCUUCCUAACCCCUGUCCGCAGUACCCAUUCGUACCACCGAAACCAAAUCAACCACCGGGCGGGAUCGGUAUUAACGGCAGCCAUCCGCUGGCCGGUAGCGGAGGGGUUAGCAGCACCGGCACCAGCACCACCGUAGCAACGCUACUCACCACGCUGACGGUGGCCGUACUGCGCAGUACGGCUAGCAAUCCGCUGGAGACGAGCACCAUAUCAUCGAUGCCCUCUACCGUUGCCGCCACUACCGCCAGCUUAACGACGCUCCGGAGCGGCGUGGACGUGGCCGGUACGACAGCAUCCUCCCUGCCCGCUACGUCCACAGCAUCUCCAACAUUUGACAGUGCGCAGCUUGCAACGGUCGCUGCAACAUUCCUCUACAACGCAACCAGCGCUCUGCUUGAUCCCAGCUCAGCCCUAGACUAG